CAAACAGAGCCUAAAUUCGCAGUACAAAGAGAGAGGAGCUGGAGCUCGCUUGCCUGGAAACAGAGGUUGGUAGGAACUCAGCAAAUGCCAAUCCACUCAAUGCCAAGCCAUACCCAUACCCUCUCUCCCACUAUUUCCAACCGCCGCGUAGGCACCUGAACGCAGAUCAAUAACCCACACACACACGCAUUUCUAUCUCUAACGCUAUGUCCCUUCCCAGAACUCCGUCACACACGACGGAGUCCACCUGGGACUGCAUGCUCCCUGGCCCGCCAUCACGCAACAAUUUUGGUUCCAUCGACCUUUCCUCCUCUGGUCUCCUCGCCUUUCCCUCCGGAUCCUCCAUUUCAGUCGUCGAUUCCCGUUCCCUCCAGCUUAUUUCCACGAUUCCUCUGCCUCCUCCUUCAUCUCCUUCUUCCAAUUCCUCUUCUUCUUUAUCUCCAUUCAUCACUUCCAUUCGCUGGACUCCUCUUCCCCUCCAUCGUGACCUCCUCUCCACCGAGCCCUCCUCUCAUCUCCUCCUCGCUGCCGCUGACCGUCAUGGCCGCAUUGCCCUCCUUGAUUUUCGUCUCAAGUCUGUUCUCCUCUGGUUCGACCAGGAUCCUAACCCGAAAUGUGGCAUCCAGGACCUUUGCUGGGUACUCUCCCGCCCCGAUUCAUAUAUCCUAGCUUCCAUCGCUGGUCCUUCCUCUCUCUCCCUUUACAGCAUCACUUCUUCUGCUCGAUGUUUCUUCAAAUACGAUGCGUCGCCGGAGUUCCUCUCGUGUAUCCGUCGCGAUCCGUUCGAUUCCCGCCAUUUUUGUGUGCUCGGACUCAAAGGCUUUCUGCUAUCCAUUAAGGUGCUUGGAGAAACAGAGGAUGAGGUUGCGAUAAAGGAGCUUCACAUUCCAGCGGAUUGCAGUGAAUUGGUGCGGCUAGAGAGGGAUGCAGCAGGUGGAUCCUCUUCUUCGGCGCCAGCGUCGGCAGUGUACCCUCUCUACUGCGUGAAAUUCGCGUUUUCGCCGCAGUGGAGGCACAUUAUCUUUGUGACUUUUCCCAGAGAGUUGGUGGUGUUCGAUUUGCAGUACGAGACGGCCCUUUUUAGCACGGCAUUGCCACGAGGGUGUGGGAAGUUUCUGGAUGUGUUACCGGAUCCAAAUAAUGAGCUGCUGUAUUGUGCUCACCUUGAUGGGAGGCUCAGCAUAUGGCGUCGUAAAGAAGGAGAGCAGGUGCAUGUAAUGUGUACGAUGGAGGAGAUGAUGCCCUCAAUUGGCUCAUCUGUCCCUUCUCCUUCGGUUCUAGCUGUCACCAUCUGCCAAUCAGAGUCCACACUCCAAAAUGUUGCCAAGUUAUAUUCUGAUGCACCUAAUGCACCUUUAGCUGAUAUGGAUUUUGAUAAUCCCUUUGAUUUCUGUGAUGACACUCUUCUUCUUUCCAAGACACAUGUGAUAUCCAUUUCUGAUGAUGGAAAAAUAUGGAACUGGCUCUUGACUGCUGAAGGGAUUGGAGACACCCAAAAGGAUGUUACAGACUUGGGUAUAGGUUCUGAUUCCCGUGAAGUGCCAGUUUUGGGGGCCAAUGGUAAUGGCUUAGCUUCUGCUGAUGGACUUACUUCUGAAGCAAGCAAGCAACAAGAGAAUAUGGGUGUCAAUAAAAGCCGUCCAUCGUCUAUUCUCAGCCAGGCAAGCAUAUCCUGCAAGAUCAGCCUAGUUGGACAGCUGCAGCUUCUUUCUUCAACAGUAACUAUGCUGGCUGUGCCCUCCCCUUCUUUGACAGCUACUUUGGCACGUGGAGGAAAUUAUCCUGCUGUAGCUGUUCCCCUGGUUGCUUUGGGAACUCAGAGCGGAACAGUUGACAUCGUUGAUGUUUCUGCCAAUGCUGUUGCUGCAAGUUUCUCAGUUCAUAAUGGUACAGUUAGAGGAUUACGAUGGCUUGGAAAUUCUAGACUGGUUUCAUUUUCUUACAAUCAGGUGAAUGAAAAAACUGGAGGUUACAUUAAUAAGCUUGUUGUGACCUGUCUUAGAAGUGGCCUUAACAGACCAUUUCGGGUUUUACAAAAGCCAGAGCGUGCACCCAUUAGAGCUUUGAGGACUUCUUCAUCUGGAAGGUAUCUUCUUAUUUUGUUUCGUGAUGCUCCUGUGGAGGUUUGGGCAAUGACAAAAAGUCCCAUUAUGCUUAGAUCAUUAGCUCUUCCAUUCACGGUAUUGGAAUGGACUCUUCCAACAGUUCCACGGACAGUUCAAAAUGGUCCUUCUAGGCAAUUUUCAUGGUCGUCAAAAGAUCAGCAACCAGUAGAUUCAGAUGCAGCAUCUACCCCAAAGGCUGCCUCAUCAGAAUCUACGGCAGCUAGCUCAGAUGCUUCUCAGGAUGACACAGCAGAAAGCUUUGCAUUUGCACUAGUAAAUGGUGCACUUGGAGUUUUUGAGGUUCAUGGGCGGAGGAUCCGGGACUUCAGACCAAAAUGGCCCUCUUCUUCAUUUGUUUCAUCUGAUGGAUUGAUCACAGCCAUGGCCUACCGCUUACCUCAUGUUGUUAUGGGAGACAGGUCAGGGAACAUACGAUGGUGGGAUGUAACGACUGGGCAUUCUUCAUCUUUUAACACUCAUAGGGAAGGAAUCAGGAGAAUCAAAUUCUCACCCAUUGUCCCUGGAGACCGUAGCCGAGGACGUAUUGCAGUGCUUUUUUAUGAUAAUACCUUUUCUGUAUUUGACCUUGAUUCACAGGAUCCAUUAGCCAAUUCUCUUUUGCAACCUCAAUUUCCUGGAACCCUUGUAUUGGAACUUGAUUGGCUGCCUUUGCGGAGUGACAAAAAUGACCCUCUGGUGUUAUGCAUUGCUGGAGCUGAUAGCAGCUUCCGCCUUGUUGAAGUUAACAUAAAUGACAAAAAGCCUGGAUAUGGAUUGCAGCCUCGGGCUACUAAAGAAAGAUUCAGGCCUAUGCCAAUAUGCUCUCCGAUACUGUUCCCUACACCACAUGCGCUGGCAUUGCGGAUGAUUUUGCAACUGGGCGUCAAGCCCUCUUGGUUUAACACUUGCGGAACAGCUAUUGAUAAGAGGCCUCAUUCCAUUCCUGGAACUGCUUCACCUGCAGCAGAUCUACGCAGCUACAUGAUUGAUUUACCUGCUGUUGGUGAUUCUGUAGUGCCAGAAAUGCUCCUUAAAGUAUUAGAGCCUUAUCGAAAAGAAGGAUGCAUACUUGAUGAUGAGAGAGCAAGAUUAUAUGCUACCAUAGUCAACAAAGGUUGUGCUGUGAGGUUUGCCUUUGCAGCUGCUAUUUUUGGUGAAACUUCGGAAGCUCUUUUCUGGUUGCAAUUGCCUCAUGCCCUAAAACAUUUGAUAAAUAAGUUGGUAAAUAAGUCUCCACAGAAAGUACCCAUCUCAGCUUCAAUGCCGGAGAUUGAUGGCACGGCUAUGUUGAACAGAAUUGCAUCAAAGGGGAAAUCAGUAACUGGUACUGAGAACAGGGAUUUAUUGAGCAGUGGUCAACUUAGAUUGAUGGCUUUCCAGCAAGAAGAGUUAUGGGAGAGUGCUAAUGAGCGCAUUCCUUGGCAUGAGAAACUGGAGGGAGAAGAGGCUAUUCAAAACCAUGUGCAUGAGCUUGUAUCAGUUGGGAAUUUGGAAGCAGCAGUUAGUUUGUUGCUUUCCACCUCUCCAGAUAGUUCUUAUUUCUAUGCAAAUGCUCUACGUGCGGUUGCUCUUUCUUCUGCUGUGUCAAGAUCUCUUCAUGAGCUUGCAGUUAAGGUUGUUGCAGCUAACAUGGUCAGGACUGACAGAUCAUUGUCUGGUACUCAUCUUCUUUGUGCUGUUGGAAGGUAUCAAGAAGCUUGUUCUCAGCUGCAAGAUGCUGGAUGCUGGACAGAUGCUGCAACUUUAGCUGCUACACACUUGAAGGGAUCUGAUUAUGCAAGGGUCUUGCAAAGAUGGGCUGAACAUGUUCUUCGUUCUGAAUACAACAUCUGGAGGGCUCUAAUUUUGUUUGUUGCGGCUGGUGCAUUGCAAGAGGCCCUUGCAGCACUUCGUGAAGCACAGCAACCUGAUACAGCUGCCAUGUUUAUACUUGCUUGCCGAGAAAUCCAUGGAGAAAUUAUUGGUCAUUUAAGAAAUUCAGAUGAUGAAUCAGGGUCUUCAGACAAUAAUGUUCUAUUUAACUUGCCUGGGUUGAACCCAGAGAAUGAAGAUGUUAUUGCAGUUGGUGAAUAUUUUGGGCAGUAUCAAAGAAAAUUGGUGCAUCUAUGCAUGGACGCACAGCCAUUUUCUGAUUAAUUGACCAAGCAUGUUAGAUUUUUUUUUUUUUUCUUUUAAUUGUAGUUUCUCAUCUUGUAUUGAUUAGUAGUGGCUAUUUCAAAAAAAGGAAGCUCAUGGCCAGUCAAUAGAUUGGAUUCAGAUCAUAACACCAAAGACCAGAUUCAAUUGUAAAAGUUAGCUCUACAUCCCGGUUGAAGUUUGGUGAGAGGACAAGAAGAGACGGAUGAAAAGGUUUUUCUGCUUAGAUCUCUACUCAGAAUGGCUUGUGGUAAAGUUGUUGACUUCUCUACUCCAUUUUCGGCAACUCAGAUAAGGGGGAAAAAAAAGAAGAGAUUUUUCAGUGGUACAAAGUGACAUUAUUAACUCAUUUUUUUUAUAAUCUUUAGAACAUUAGUUUGUAUCGUUUCAAAAGAAAUUCGUUUAUCUUGUAUACGUGAAAACAACAAUACGAAAGAUGUUAAUGAUUUUCAAGUGUACAAUAAUUAUGAUGUGUUCUCUGAUUGUUUA